UUUUAAGUUCUCUAUAGACUACAUGAAGACUUGCAACUACAUGAGCUUAGUGGAUUUCCUGCAUCUACAUGGGAAAUUCUCCGCUGUAAGGGCCAUGGAGGCAGCCGUUAUACUGAUUGACUCUAUGUUCGUAUAAUUGUGCUCGACUUGUCAACAGUAUCGGAGGCAUUCCGAUCAACGUACCCGCUUACCUGCAGGUGACCCUGGACAUGGAAGCAGGUUAUUGCCUAUCGUGGAUAGUUACAAUGGAUGCCACUGUUUGACGCAAUUCUUGGGGUAGGUUGCAUGCAAUGACUUGAAAGUAGUAAAUAAAUGACCGUUGAAGCCUCUCGCCGGGGGGGUGUACUUUGCUCUUCCUGCCUCUUAUUCUGAAGCCAGACUUCUAUUCGUCGUACUUCAUUUGGCUACCCUGUCGAGUCGUACCCUUGAGAUCGGUAUAAGUGCUCAACACGAUGCUCUGGUCAAGGGUUACACUCGCUGCCGGUGUGUCGGCGGCCCUAUCGACAUCCGCUGGCCGCCUUCGCUUCGAAGCCGGCGGGCAACACGUCUUAGGAGAAAUAGAAAAUGCUGAUUUCCAAUGCGAGCUUCCCCCAGUCUUGGAUCCCUCGAAAGAUGGUCUCCCAGCUGCGCGAGACUUAUUCGAUACUGAGAAGGCCUUGUUGAAGCAGGUUGAGAGACACGGCACCCUUGUCAAAGUUCCCUCUAUAUCGUAUGAUGACAAUGGGGAACCAGGCGAGGACCCGAGAUGGGAAGUCUUCUAUGAGCUCCACGCGACGCUAGCUAAGCUAUAUCCUUUCGUCCAUGCGCGAGCAACCCGUGAAACAGUCAACACUUUUGGCCUAGUCUUUACAGUCAAAGGGCAAGACUCGUCGCUCAAACCUAUCAUGUUGACAGCCCACCAGGACGUCGUACCCAUAGCCGAUCCGUCGACUUGGAAAUAUCCGCCGUUUUCAGCCCACUUUGAUGGUCGGUGGCUUUGGGGACGGGGUGCAUCUGACGACAAAAAUAGUUUGUCCGCGAUUUUCUCGGCACUGGAGACACUUUUAUCAAACCCGUCGUGGGUGCCGAGAAGGACGAUCAUCGUAGCGCUUGGUUUUGACGAAGAAUCUGGUAACCGUGGCGCGGGUACCAUUGGACCGUUCUUGGAAGAACGAUACGGACAGUGGUCAUUGGCCAUUGUUCUUGACGAGGGUGGGAUGGGACUCGAAUUGCUCGAGGACAAGGUGCUCUAUGCUCUUCCCGCAGUAACCGAGAAAGGGCAUGUUGAUAUCUGGCUCGAUCUCAAGGUCAAUGGUGGGCACUCGUCGACGCCAUUCCCCCAUACUGGCAUUGGGAUUAUGUCAGAAAUAGCCGUCAAAAUUGAGGCCAACCCAUACGAGCCCAAACUCAUCCAAGGCUCUCCUAUUUACAACCACUUCGCUUGCCAAGCCAAAUACUCACCUGACGCAGCACCAAAGGUUACCAAGCUGAUCAAAGAAGGAGAUCUUGAUGCUUUGGCUCAGGAGCUGGCCUCUGUUGACCGUCCCACGCAAUAUCGGAUCCAGACUUCCCAGGCCAUUGACUUCUUCAAUGGAGGUGUCAAGAUCAACGCCAUGCCAGAGAAGAUCCGGGUUGGAGUCAACCACCGGGUUGCGCCACACAACACUGCCGACGAGGUUAAGAAGAAGAUUGUGGAUCUGAUCAAGCCCAUUGCUGAGAAGUAUAGCUUGCAUGUGAAUGCAUACAAGGGCGAGGAAGCUUUCCAGGAGCUCAGGCCGGCGUAUGAGGUCGACUACAAUGGCACAUUGACAAUCACUUCCAGCCAGGGCACAGCGAAUGCACCCAUCUCACCGACGUCAGGUGCAGUUUGGGACGUGUUUUCGGGCACGAUCCAGCAUUCGUUUGCUUUCCCGGGAGGCAGGGUGGUUCCUGUCGGUGAGUUGAUGACUGGAAACACCGAUACCCGGUACUACCUUAAUUUGACCAAGAACGUCUACCGAUGGUCACCAACACGCAAGGGGGGCACGCAGAACGCACACACUGUUGAUGAAGGUAUCGACAUGCAUGCUCAUAUCGAAGCACUGAAGUUCUACUACGAUCUGAUAAGGAACUUUGAUCGAUCUGACGCGUAAGUAUGGACAGAAGGGAUACACAUAUGUAGCUGGUGUUGGGUUUCUGCUUGCGGUGAUCUUAGUACUGGUAGUGGUAUUAGUACUAAAAUUCGUGAAUAGAAACUAUCAGUUUGACUACCCUGAGAGAGGCAGGUUAGGCAAGUCCAAAUUGAAAAGUGAUACCUGCAGUGCUUUCAACGCAGCGUGUGAUUAGU